AUGUGCAAAUUGUUAGAGAAAAAAGCCAAGUUCGAGUUUGGAGCUGAUUGCCAUAAAGCUUUUGAAAAGCUUAAGAAGAAGUUGAUGAAAGAUCCUAUUUUGAUUGCACCAGAUUGGGAGUUACCUUUUGAGAUAAUCUAUGAUGCUAGUGAUGUUAUAGUGGGAGCAGUGAUGGUUGACUACGUCUCUAAAUGGGUGAAAGCUAUGGGAAUUCUGACUAAUGAUGCAAGAGUGGUGAUGAAGUUUGUGAAUAAGAACAUAUUUUCCAGAUUUGGUAUGCCAAGAGCAAUAAUUAGUGAUGGAGGCAUAAUGGAAUCAGAAUCAAGCAAGGGCAAGGCAAACACAGGACCUUCUGCUCCUGUGAGGAAGAGAAGUAAACCGUCUAAAGGGAAAUUAACUAGAGUGCCUAGGGCCCUUCCACUUCAGCGGGGGAGUAGUAAAAUAUUACCUGGCCUUUCUGUGGGAAAAAGUUUGAUUAAAGAUGUGACUGAAGAAGAUGGAAAAGAGAAGGAAAAAGAAGUAGUGGUGAAAAAUCUCCCAAGACCACAACGUCCCUUUCCUCAAAGAUUGAAGAAGAAGGUUGAUGACACAAAAUUUGAUAAGUUCAUGGCAAUAUUGAACCAGUUAAUGAUAAAUGUGCCUUUGGUGGAGGAACUCGAGAAAAUACCAGGGUAUGCUAAAUUCAUGAAGGACCUUGUGAUAAAGAAAAUAGCGGUGAGCUACGAACCGAAGGAUAAUAUCCACUAUUAUAGUGUCAUUUCUACACGAUCCUUAGUGAAAAAGAAAGCCGACCGUAGAGCAUUCACUAUUCUAUGUACAAUCAGGUCUCUCAAUUUUGCUAAAGCCCUAUGUGAUCUGGGGGAGAGCAUAAAUUCGAUGCCGUUAGCCGUGAAUAAAAUGUUAGUUUUAGGGGAUCCUACCCCGACAAAUAUGUGGUUGGUAAUAAAAGAUAGGUCUGUAAAAUGGCCAGUAGGAAUAUUACAAGAUGUAUUGGUAAAGAUGGCUAACUUUAUACUUCCAGCUGAUUUUGUAGUCCUAGACUGUGACGUGGAUUUUAAAGGACCCAUCAUUUUGGGUAGAACAUUCCUUGCUACUAGGAGAGUAGUAGUGGACAUAGAGCUAAAUGAGCUAAAGUUCAGGAUCAAUAACAAAGAAGCAAGAUUCGAAAUGCAGUCAUCCAUGACACAACAAAAGGAGAUGAGUGUCUUCUCAAUCGUUGAUGUAUUGUAUGAAGAUGGGAAAGAGGUAGUAGCAUGGUGUCUUGACGAAAUCUGA